CUAUUAGUAGCAGUGGAAGUGUUAAAGGAAAUUGAAAGAAAAAACACAACAAUGGCAAUAAUGCCAUGUCAAAGUUUACUCCACUUUGAAGCGACCUUUUUAAAAUUCCAAGCAAACCACAUACGCAAAAGUCACACUACACACUGUCUCUAUCUCGGCCUUCUCCCCUCUCUCUCUCUCUCUCUCCUAAGUCCUAAAGCAAAGCAAAGUCGUAAAACAAUAGUGACAAAGCGAGAGAGACGAGGAGUGAGAAGUAGCACUUCCCUUUUACCAAUUACUCCUCCUCUAAAUUCCUGCUUCUCCACCUCCUCUUGCAACUGCUUGGCGCAGAAAAAAAUAUGACUCAGACCGUGAAUGGCACCAACCAUAAUCAUAACUCACAUGAUCCAGUACCACUUCAAAGUCACCCUCAUUACUACCCACCUCCUUCUUCUUCAUCCUCAAAAGCUUCUUUUAAAGGCUGCUGCUGUUGUCUCUUCCUUCUUUUCUCCUUCUUACUUCUCCUCAUUCUCGCAGUCAUUCUAGUUAUCGUCCUCGCCUUGAAGCCCAAGAAACCCCAAUUCGACCUUCAGCAAGUGGGCGUUCAGUACGUGGGUAUCACUCCCAACUCCGCUAUUGCUAGUGCCGCAGCAUCUUCUGCUGCUGUUUCUCUCAAUAUCCACAUGGUCUUCACCGCUGUCAAUGAUAAUAAGGUGGGAAUCAAGUACGACGAGUCCAGGUUUACUGUCAUGUACCGCGGGAUUCCACUUGGAAGGGGAAUUGUUCCCGGGUUUUAUCAACCCGCGCACAGUGUUCGGCGGGUCGAAACUACGAUCGUCGUGGAUCGGGUCAACUUGCUCCAGGCCGAUGCAGCUGAUUUGAUCCGUGAUGCGGCGUUGAAUGACCGGGUCGAGCUUCGGAUUUUGGGUGAUGUCGGAGCUAAGAUUCGGAUCCUUGGGCUUACUUCACCCGGUGUGCAGGUAUCCGUGGAUUGCGCAAUAGUGAUCAGCCCAAGGAAACAGGCUCUCACCUACAAGCAGUGUGGAUUCGAUGGCCUUAGCGUAUGACAAAUACUCAGUAAUUAACUGGUCUUAAUUUGUCUGCCUUUGGAACUUUUCCAAAGCUACAUUUUCUCUUUAAUUCCACAAAGGGGAAAAAGGGAGAUGUACAAUUUGUAGUCGGUAACAAGUGCACAUGCUUAUCAUUGGGAAAAAGGUUAAAAAAAGAAAAGGCGCACAUGCAUCUGGUUGGACUUCAUAAAAAAGCAAAUUGAAGCCAAUAAAUAGCAUUUGAAAAGUUUUCUGUCUCUUCUUCUUCUUAUAGAUUUAGAAAAAUAAGAAGUUGAGCCCGUAACGUAGCUAAAGGGUAUCUUGUUAUUAGAAUAGUUUUUUUUUUUUCUUUUAAAGAUUUGGACUAAUAGGUAUUCCAUGACUCAUUGUGAUUGGCUGACAUUUAGAGUUUA